GAAUAAGAUGGGUAUAAAGCAGAGCAGAUAUGAAAGUAGUUUUAUUCAAAAUUAUUAUAAAUUAUCAUCCGAGGAAUAUUGGUUAAUUAAACAAUUAUGGAAAGAGAUUGAAAAUAAGCCUCAGCAUUAUGGAAAUUUAUUUUUUACAAGCUUUCUUAGAACCCAUCCACAGUAUAUAAAGUAUUAUACCUUGAAUCCACAUGUUCCUCUUGGCGUGAACAUUCGGCUUUGCGCGAAAUUCACACUGAUUAUGGAGGCUAUAGGAUACCUUAUAUUAGAUGUUUACAAAAAUCGAAAGCAAUUGGAUCGUUUGGUUGGUUAUGUCGCAAUGGUUCACAAAGAUAUGCGCUUAAAUAAAGAAGAUAUGACAAAUUUCGAGACAAGUUUUUUGCAAUACUUGGAACAAACAUUUCCAAUGUAUAUGACUGGAAAAUGCCAAAAAGCAAUGAAAAUGUAUUUCAAUAGUAUUGUAAAUGGAAUCGUAAAUAAGAUGGAGAAGUUUCGUUAUUAUGAUAUGGUCGACGCGGAAAUAAGGCCGAAAUCGUCCUUCGGUCGUUGUACGUUAUGUGUCGGCAAUUUGAUAUUCGGUCAGACCAUAACAUAUUGGAAAGACAGAAAAAAAGAUUGGGAUAUGCUAUUGAAUAUGUGGAAUAUUGAAAAUUCGACCUUAGAGCAAUGGUUGAUUCCAUCGAAUAACAGGGACAACGCGACGGCAUACACAUCGAUGACCAAAGACAAGACGAUCGAAUUACCUCAAUUGAAAGUAGUACGUGAUGACAAACACGAGAAAGAUUCUAUUAAAUUAGUUACAUCUUCCUCCGUUGAAAAAGUGAGAGUAUCUCCUUUUAAUAGUCGCUUUAUAUAUUAGAAUCGUUCAACCCGUUUCUAAAUUACUAUUCAUGAAAAAUAUCAUCUUUUAUAAUUGUUAAGUUAAACGGUCGAUCAACAAUCAUUUCUUAGACAACGAACGAUGAUAAAAAAGACGAGUUCAAGAACAAAUUAUCAAGAAAUCAUAAGCGUUACACGGAGAGCAAGUAUCGUAGAAAAUCAUCGGAGAUAUUUAAUGAUUGGACAUUGUCAAUAUGGGAACAAGCGUAUUCGCCGAAUAUGAAUCCUCGGGAAAGAUUUCGUGCUUUUAGUAUCUUCCGUGAGAUCAUCGAUCCUCAAAACGAUCCUAGAAUACUUCGUAGAAGAUUGAGAAGCAGUCGUAUAGCGACCAGUAAUCAAAUCAUCAAUCAAAACGACAAAGAGGCGAUUGUUGAGCACGUGGAACACCGUAAAUUUGAAAAUACGGCGCGUGAAAGACGUCGAAAGUCUCAAAAAUUCAGCUUCGAUCUGAAAUGAAUAAUAGAUCAGUGUAACAAUGUUACGAAGCAACGAUUUAAGCAAUAUUUAAAUGUUCGCAAAAGAAAUGAUGUGUCCUUCAAUAUUUUCUGUACAAUUGAUCCAAAAAGUAUAUAUCAUCUCGUCGACGAUAUUCUAAAUUCACUUUGACAUUUAUCGUUAUCUAAUCGUGUCAUACAACUAUGGUCAGCUUUACUUCCUUGGAGUAUGAAUCGAUUAAUAUUGGAAUAAAACAAAUCGACGAGUUGUCUCAUAAAAAUAAUUCAUGCUUACUUCAGCUCGGGGUUUCUCGUUCGUCCGUUCUUCUUAAUGUAUUAUAUCGCAUAUUGUUUCCUUGUGAAAAUCUUACAGAAUCCAUGCUAUCGUCGCUGGCUAUACGCCGGAGUUUUCUAAUCCUUUACAACAUAAAAAUCGAAAGUAAUAAAUGCCUUUUUCGUUUCUCUUUAAAUCGAUAUUGUCAAUGUUAAAAAAGAAGAAAAAAAAUAAUUGUUAAUUUAUAAUAAUACUUUCAAAGUAAAUAAAACAUACGGAAAACAUACGACCCACUAUAUUCUUACUGAUUUCUCGAGUUUGAGGAUGGAAUCGGUGGGAAGAGAACUGCUGGAGAGAUUAAAGGCUGUACUACGGGACCCAUUACUCUUUCCACAUCGGGUGGUUCUUGAAUCGGUGGUAAGGGCGAUUGAUCCCAAUCAGAAUCUGUAGAACUAAUUACAUACACACACACACACACAUACAUACAUACAUAUAUAUAUAUACGUAUAGACACACGCACACACACAUAUAUAUAUAUAUAUAUAACGUUAUUAUUAAUGUACAUCAAAGUGAUGUCAUUCGUUGUUAGAAAUCCUUAAAAGAACAUUUGAUUGCGUCGUAAUACUAUUGUCGAUGCGCGAACUAUUUCAAUUUCUUUUCGAUAUAUCGUGAGUGAAUGUGUAAUAUGCUAGGUAAACAUAAAAACGCGGUGAAAAAUCGAUGAUGCGUUUGUAUGUACGAAGGGAAGAAAAGUUUACACAGUUGGAAAGUAUUACUUUGUACUUACUAUGCAAUACGAUCGAUAACGCACAGAAAAAAAGGGGUCACCGGCGAAUUUUCUUUAUUGUACACUUGUUUUUUUCAGAAUCCAUAAAGAUACUUUUGCGACUAGUGUAACUUUGGAGUCUCGGUAAAAAUACUUUUUAUCGGAGUAAACUUUGCUAACAUAUUUUAUGAAUAAUCAUGACUACUUUGCCGCAAUAAAAUAUCAAGGCGUUCAAUAACUACGAACACGCUAUAUAAAAAGAACAACCUAAUCGAUAAUAUUCAUAUUAUCGGUUCCUGUUAUUGCUCAUACCUGCUUGGUAUUCUGCUGUCGUUGUUAAAAGUGUCAUAACUCAAUCUACUAGAUAUAGGUGGAAGUUUAGCUCCAAAUGCCAGGGAUGAGAAUGUCAGAUCUGCCAGAUUACUGUCUACAUACGUAGCAGCUUGUAUCUCUUGUUGAUAGAGCGCAUAAAGAUUUUGUAAAUCCGGUGGCAGAGUCAGACGUCCAUCUGUUCAAUUGAAAGAUCGAUAUAUUGAGAUUUAUAUUAAACGAUUCGUUAUAACGUACCCUCCAUUAUUCGUCUCUGUCUUGUGAUUAUCUCAUCAGAGAUUUGCCUUUGCCGAUCAUAACGAAGAAGAAGAAGCUCUCGUCUUCGAAGUUCGUGUUGCUUCACGAGCCUCUCGCUCUGAAGCAUCAUUUUGUCUGCUUCCAGUUCGUGGACUCUUAACAUCAAUGCUAAAAGCUCACGUUCUUCGUCCGAAUUUAUACGGGAUGGGAGUUCCUUCAAGAAAAAUAAUCUUUCUCGUUGUUUUUCCAAAUUUAUAUUCUUUAUUCUUAAUCACGAUAACAUAAACUUAAUACGAUACUUACGUCUUCUAGCGCGGCACUUCGUUUCCUACAAGCCUCUAGCUCCUUUUCCGUAGCGGCGCGCAUUUCAACGUACCUUUCCUGUUCCUUCGAAAUCUCUGCCAAUUCCGCCCAAGCCUGCUGUACCAAUGAAUCAUCUUCGAAAUCAAUAUCCUCUAGAAGAUCUAAGAACGACAUAUUUUGAAUCUUCGUUUUAAAAGGUACUGAUUUCUUUUUUUCUUGUUUUCUUUUUUUAUUUCCAUAAUGAGACAUCCUACACUUGCCUAUGUCAUCGACUUCUUCCACUUGAUAAUCCGUUCCAGGACGACGAUUUACCGAAUCUCUACUCGACCCGUAUACCCUAUUGUUCCUUGAUUCCCACUGAGAGAUUAUCGAAUGCUGUUGCUCCGCAGCGAUGUUUAAUCCCAGGAGAUGACUAUCCAGUUCCAUAAGUUUCUUCCUGUUUAUCGAUCAUUUUUAAAUGAAACUGCAAGUAAUUAUUUUUUCUAAUGUCGAUUCACUGAAAAUAUUACCUCAAGCGCAUUUGUUCUUUAAAAGCGGAUACAAUUUUCUCUCUCAAAGAUCUGAAAUCUGAACCAUGACCGUCAUGCUCCUUCUCCUCGUAUCUAUCCGUAGGCCUAUCUUCCUUCAUUUUAUUACGCAGACGCGAUAUCUCGCUCUUCAGAUCACUGAUUAUGUCCUGAUAUUGGGCAACGUGAAGAUAACUAACGUCAAGAACAUUUCUUUCUACCUUGUUCGAAAUCUUGUUCGCCCGAUCCGCAUAAUUCAAAGUGUUUUUACUCUCAUCGCGGUGCACGUUCGCUGGCGAAACAUGAGCUAUCAUAACGGUACGACAGUUACCACCGAGAGCUUCUUUAAGCAAUCUGGUCAAUUUGGAGUCACGAUAAUUCACGAAUCUCGCUCCACCGGAUAACGCCUUGAUGCAGUUGCUCAGUGCCAAUAAUGAUCUGUUAAUAUGCGCACCCUCUUGAAGACGUUUACCUUUGUUCUAAACACAUGAACGCGAUGUUAACUGGAUUCGUAAGAAUCUCUUAGAUAAAAGGAUAGUCCGUAGACGGGAAGAAAAUUAAUUUAUGAUUUGAGAAGGAAUUUGAAGCGUCUCCUGCACCUGAGUUUGUUUGGCUCUCUCCGAACCAGCGAGAUCUAUCAUGAAGAGUCUACCCUGCUUCAAUUUCGUGCGAAGACGUUGCCCGGACUCUUUAACGGGAGAAGAGGAUUGUCUGACUGUGACACUAAGGAGAGCGUGACUCCUCGAAGAGGUUUCGUUUGCAGCCGUCGGCUCUACCAUUCUUGCUUUAUUGCCUUUGUGAAGGAGUUGCAUGACCUGUCGAUGCACGAAACAUGCUUACGAAUAAAUAAUUAUCUCUCAACGAUGAUAUCGAUCGUCGUAUCAAGUUACACAUUCAAAGAGUUACGCGUGCUUAGGUUCGUUCGAGGGAACGAGAUUCGAUCUACGAAAUAAUCCAUUAAGGAUUGAUUCCAUUCGUAGGUAUAACUUUGGGGAAAAUUCCACGACUUACUUCCUCGGUCGAAUUAGUAGACACUUCCGUAAGACCCGAAACUUGAACGUUGCGACCUCGAGAAUCCUCACGCAACUCCAAAUAUCCUGUGGUAGGAUUCAACAGAUCGCGGAUGUUCUCAUUGUAUAUCUCUACGUAUGACAUAGUAACCUGUAAAUUUAAAAAACGAACUUAAAUUUUAAUCUUCAAAUGAAAAAAAAAAAAAAAAAAAAAAAGAUCUUUAAUUAUGUGGUAUCGAUGAUCCUACAGUAAAUUCUACGUUGUUCAUUAGUUUCUGGGUCGUUAGAAAAAUGUCGUUCAAAGCUCGAACCAUGAUCCCUGGAUCGGACGAG